AUGACACAGUCUGCCUCGCGCAAGAGAGCCGCCCCCUCCGACAAGGUCUGGGCCACGCUCAUUACCAACAUUGACUACCUCGCCGGCGUCUUGACUCUCAACCACUCCCUCCGACAAGUCCAAUCCGCAUACCCGCUCCUCGCGCUCUACACCGAUACCUUUCCGGCCGCCGGCCUCGCCGCGCUCGCCGCCCGGGGCAUCCCCGCGCAGCGCGUCAACCACCUCCACCCUUCCGUCGGCGCGCGCGACUUUUCCGCCACCCCGGACCCGCGCUUCGCCGACACCUUUACCAAGCUGGCCACCUUUUCGCUGACCGAGUACGACCGCAUCGUGCAGCUCGACUCGGACAUGCUGGUGCUGCGCAACAUGGACGAGCUCAUGGAUAUCCCGCUCGACGAACCCCCCACCACGCUCAGCAGCAGCAGCGAGACGGGCGACAAUGCCGAGACUUCGUCGAGACGCGUCUUUGCCGCGAGCCACGUCUGCGCGUGCAACCCGCUCAAGAAGCCGCACUACCCGGCGACAUGGAUCCCGGAAAACUGCGCCUUUACCAGCCAGGCGGCCGACCCGGAGCGCGCGCAGCGCGAGGGCGCCGAUCCGCGCGGCCGGACCGUCGCCAUGAUGAACGGCGGCCUCGCGGUGCUGCGGCCGUCGCAGGUGCUGUACCGGCAGAUUGUGGACAAGAUUGAGCGCGACGGCCACGCCAUGUACUUUCCCGACCAAGAGGUCGUGUCGGAGCUGUGGCGCGACCGGUGGGUCGCGCUGCCGUACGUGUACAAUGCGCUCAAGACGAUGCGGAAAAGGGGCGUGCAUGAUGCGAUUUGGCGAGACGACCGGGUCAAGAAUGUGCACUACAUCUUGAGCCCCAAGCCGUGGGACGAGGUUGACGCGCAGGGCAAUUUUAUUGGUGAGGACGAGACGCAUGGGUGGUGGGUGGCGGCGAAUCAAAAGAGAAAGGCAGAGGAAAAGAUGCAGGGCAUCGCGGAUGGCUAUUAA